AAAGACCCAUAGAUUCAGCAGCCUUUCUCUCUCUCGCCUCCCUUUUAAGACCAAACCUCUCUCUCUCUCUUCUUCUCUCUCCGCCAUUACCAGAGCUCAACGAGCUCCUCUAUUCUCUACACACUUCUUCUUCGAAGAGGCAAGAUCAGAUCUUAUUUGUUUAAAGUUAACAAUUAGUUUUGAAGAUGCAGACGACCAACGGCUCAGAUUCAUCGUUAGCAACUCCCGGAGCUACGACUCCUCCGCCGCCUCAGCAGUGGCAACAACAACAACAGCAGCAUUGGAUGGCGGCCAUGCAGUAUCCAGGCGCAGCGGCUAUGAUGAUGAUGCAGCAGCAGCAACAGAUGAUGAUGUAUCCUCACCAAUACGUUCCUUACAAUUAUCAGCAGCAUCCUCAGUUCCAAUACGCGUCGUAUCACCAGCAACAGCAACACAAGACACAUGAGCGUGGAUCUGGAGAUGAUGUGAAGACUCUUUGGAUUGGCGAUCUUCUUCAUUGGAUGGACGAGACUUAUCUCCACACCUGCUUUUCUCACACCGGCGAGGUUUCUUCUGUGAAAGUGAUUCGUAACAAGCUAACAUGUCAAUCAGAAGGGUAUGGUUUUGUUGAGUUUCUUACACGUGCUGCAGCUGAAGAGGUUCUUCAGAACUUUAACGGUUCAGUGAUGCCAAACUCUGAGCAGCUCUUCCGUCUAAACUGGGCAUCUUUUAGCACUGGUGAGAAGAGAGCAGUUGAGAAUAGUCCGGAGCUAUCUAUAUUCGUUGGAGACUUGUCUCCGGAUGUGACUGACACUUUAUUGCAAGAGCUCUUUGUUGAGAGAUAUCCAUCUGUCAAGAGCGCUAAAGUUGUGAUCGAUUCCAACACUGGACGGUCCAAAGGUUACGGUUUCGUUAGGUUUGGUGAUGAAAGUGAGAGGUCAAGGGCUUUGACUGAAAUGAAUGGAGCUUAUUGUUCCAACAGACAAAUGCGUGUUGGUGUUGCGACUCCUAAAAGAGCUGUUGCUAAUCAUCAUCCUUCACAAGCUGUGAUUGUGGCGGGUGGACAUGGAGCAAAUGGUUUUAUGGCUCAUGGCUCACAGUCUGAUGGCGAAUCAAACAACUCAACAAUAUUUGUUGGUGGCAUUGAUCCUGAUGUUACUGAAGAAGACCUUAGGGAACCUUUUACACAGUUUGGGGAGGUUGUUUCAGUGAAGAUCCCAGUAGGCAAAGGAUGUGGAUUUGUCCAGUUAGAUAACAGGAAGAGUGCUGAUGAUGCCAUCCAGAGUUUGAACGGGACAGUCAUCGGCAAGAACACUGUCAGACUCUCUUGGGGUAGAACCUCGAACAAGCAGUGGAAUGGAGGAUACACACAACGAGGACAAGGUUACAACAAUGGAGGAUAUACUAACCACCACGACUCCAACAACUAUCCUACCGAGACUUGAAGACAAAAAGAGGCUCAAUUUGAUCAUCGUCAUGGUGGCUUAAACCUCUGUGAGAUUUCACACAUCAAAUCAAUGCUAAACUUGUAGUGGAAAAGGAGAAUUUUCUUAGAUUGGAUUUGAUUUUUAUAGACUUGUUUGGAGAUUCAAAAAUUUUGGUUACUUCUGGUUUGUCUCGUACUAAUAUAAAUGGUUGUGCUUGUUGCAUCA